CAGCGAUCCCUGUUCUGCAGGCUGUUUUGUCUGCAUCGGAAUCCUGUCUCUGAGGAACUGGGAUGGGCAGAUGCCUGCUCUUCCAGCUACUGAGCGUGAAGCAUAAUGUUCCUUGAGCCAGUGAGGAAAGGGUAAAAACCUCUCCUGCUCUCCCUGGGCUGCUCAAAAGCACUUACGCAAGGGGAAAUGCAUCUUCCUUCCAGUGAGAGACCUUUCUUGCAAAAGUGGGCGUGCAGCCAUGAUAUCAUCCUGGGGAUAUCAUCCUUCCUGUCUUUCCUUUACUUUUAUCCCUCCGUAUUAAAAAAAAAUUAAAUGCAUGAAAAGCAAGGCUAUGUUUGCAACUAUCUUAAGCUACAAACUGCUUUUCCCUUCUCUUUUCAGUUCCAGCCAUCAUUCAGCCCAAAAUGACACAACACAAAAUCACCGCACUCCUGAGAAAUGCUGUGGUUAUGUUGCACCACACCAGAUUCAAAGAGGAAGCACUCAGCUAACUCAACACAACUGCAACAUCCAGGCUUUACUAAAGCAAACUGCACAAAGUAGCAAAUAUUUUUUAUCAUCCUUGUGAUUCUACAGCAGUGCUUGCUAACCUCCCACAUUCAGCAGAGUGCUCACUGGAAGAGAAAUGAACAGAAGAGCUUUUACAAAACCUCUCUGCAUGUGCUUUGGUAAAGCUGAGACACUGGCACUGGAAGAUUGAGAGUUGAGGUCACCCUAUAAUUUAAUUUCUAAAGAACUGGGGCUCUCAUAUGCAUUUUUUUUUUUUUCUUUCAGUAUGUUCUCACCUUAAAUCACUGCCAGGUCCACUCAUGCUUUGUAUUUUUGGGCAGUCUAGGGAGGAUAGGAAGAGCUGAGGGAGCAGAACUUGAGACAGUGGUUUGCUUUCUGUUCUUGCAUUUAGAAAAUAAAUUAAAAUGGAUUCACAUGUAAGGCAUAAGGACUAUAAAUCCAAAGCUCAGUACCACAAGGAUUGAGGCUGCUGGAGGAGCAUCAUGUCCCUUGCAAGGUGGAUACAGUGAUAAGGCAGUUUGUUUGGGUUUUAAUCAUUUUCUGGGAGCUCAGAUGGAACAGACAGGGUGUCCAGGUGUCCCCAUGUGUAACAUGGUUGUGGGUUUGGAACACUUUUUGAGAAAAAAAGAGGUUGGCAGACAGACAGCAUGAGGUAUGAGCUGCCUUUCCUAUAGGAAACCAGGCUGGAAAUCAGGUCCCUUCCAAUAAACACAUUGAAAUAGCAGCAGAAUUGUCUUCUUUUCAUUUUAUAACCUAUCACUUUGUGACAGUUUCUUCGUAACACACUCACAACCAUCAAGACGCAGACUAAUGAAAUUAACACAGAGAUGGAAAAUGCAAAUCCGGGGUUCACAGAAAUCACACCACCACGUAACCAAGAGCAGCAAUGCCUGCAAUAAACGUUGUCCUUGAGGAACGUUACUAAAAUCCAAGCCUGAACACAAAGAAGAUGAACCAGAAGACACGUGAAGGAUGGAAAAGACAAUUUCUGGGAGGUUUGGAUGAGUUUAUUAAUCUCGUGUGUUAGAAACACGCCAUAGGGCUCCACUGAGAGGCUUUGGUUCAGAUGAAGAGGGAUUUUGGGAGAAGGUUGGAAACACAACAGCUCAGCCACCGGGCUGGGCGCCGAAAAUUAGGCGAUACAUUGACAUCACACUGUUUUUUCGUUUGCAACGUGCUAUCGCUGGCAUAGGGAGGUCGGUGUAAGCACUGAGUGAUUCAGCCCAACAAAUCUGAAGGAGGCGGGAUAUAAAACAGGUAUAAAAAGCCAAAUAUCGACACAAAAUCCGAUGAGGAAAGACAGAGUCUGCGGAAGGGAAGCUGAGCGCGGCGGCCGCUACACAUCACGGUGCACGCGGACGAGCUGACGCCGCCGGGUUUAAAGGCAGCCCAGAGCAACAACCCAUCAUGGCGGCUGCCCUCAGUUUUCCCGCCCAACGGUCGCGGCGCACGGCUCUCCGUCCGCCCCGAGUGCGCAUGCGCGGCCGCAUGAGGAGCCGGCUCCGCGCGCCGCCGCCCGUCCCUGCCAUGUCGGAGCGGCUCGGCAAACCCACCUGCCUCCUCGUCGCCAGCGCCGCCGCCGCGGGGGUGUCAGCCCAGUCCUUCCUGCAGUGCUUCACGCUGAGCAGCUCUGCCUUCAACCUGCAAGUCGCCACUCCCGGGGGGAAGUCGAUUGAUUUUGUGGAUGUGAAUGAGAGCAACAUGCGCUGGAUACAGGACUUCCGUAUGAAGUCAUAUGCAAACCCUGCCAAGCUGGAGUCAAUUGAUGGUGCUAGAUACCAUGCACUGCUGAUUCCAAACUGCCCAGGGGCUAUGACUGACCUUGCAAACAGUGGGUACCUGGCAAAAAUAUUGCAGCACUUCUGUGCAGAGAACAAGCCUAUCUGUGCAGUUGGACACGGUGUUGCAGCUUUGUGUUGUGCCACCAAUGAGGAUAAAGCCUGGGUAUUUCAGGGAUACAGCCUGACAGGGCCCUCUGUGUAUGAACUAAUAAGGCAGCCUAAUUUUGCCAGUUUGCCCAUUAUUGUGGAAGACUUUGUGAAAGACUCUGGAGCUACGUUUAGCGCCAGCCAACCAGAUUGUGUACAUGUUGUGCUGGACAGGCACUUGGUGACAGGACAGAAUGAAAAUUCCACCCUUCCAGCAGUCCAGAAUCUUCUUAUUCUUUGCAAUGUCAGGAGAACUCUAGGCUAAAAGAUGAUCCCUGGAACGAGAGGCACACAGGGAGAGCACUCCCCAGGAGCAGCAGCUGAACCUCAUCCUGCCAUCUAGGUGAGCUAAUAGCCUGUACAGAGGUUAUCACCUGCCAGUGAACGUCCAGUGGCAACUGCACAGGCUUCUCUAUACAGCACUUUGUCUGUGCACUUCCACAGCCCCAGAUUAUGGGGAUACUCCAGCUCUUCACCUGUGUUGUUGCAUCUGAUAUUUACUAUAUUAGGCAGGCUUGUUCAUGUGCAGAAAUAUUUCUCUUAGGUUGAGAGUUCCCAUAUUACCCUAUAAUCUGUUCUAUUAGUAAAGGAGCAAUUUUAUUUGAGCCUCCCAGUACUGUGCAGAUGUGACUACUUCAGCUCUCUUAUCAGAUCUGCAUCUGGCUUGUGAGCGUACAGCAUCUGUCACUUUGGCUGAAACAACAGCUCUGUUUGCUGUUCUGACAGUACUACCAGUGGGUCCAACUGAGCUUACUGAUCAGUCACUCUCUUGGCAUGUUUUUCUUGUGUUAUUCAAACAGGACAUAGCUUGUAUAUAAACACUGUAGUCUUAAUGCUGUUAAGUCUAGAAGUUCAGGCUCAUUGAAGAGGAAAUAGUUAAAUACUGUCUGCAUACAAACAGGAACAUCUCAUGUGCUCUUGAUGGAACAGGACCCACAUAAGCCAAGAAGGUAUUUAAUUAGUCUUAACAAAGUACACCAUGAAAUGUAAUCAGAUGCAUCCCUACUUAAUUGAGAGCCCUGUAACUGGAAAGUGAUUCAUUUAGGUUUAGGUCAUCAUUCCUCAGAGAAGACUAUCACACAGCUUUUCUUUUUUGUGAAAGAGCUUAUGGACAAAGAGGAAGGGAGGAGUGAUAACAGAGGGCUUUUCUUGUUUGUUUUAAGUAAAUUUUGUGGUAGGGUUGGCAGCAUUCCAAGGCUAGUAGAAAGAGAUGCAGUAACUUGCCCUAAAGACAAUACACAAAGCUAUAACCAACAAUCCUGAGUUGUAUCCAGAUGUUCAUUCUGUCAGCUCAGAUUAAACAGUUAUGAAGUUAACAAGUAACUGCUUGACUUAGUUACCUAAUUUUGAAGUAGUGUAACUCAUGCUGGUGUUGUAACAACAGGACCAUGUUCAGCUUCAACACAGCAAUGAAUUCUACCACUCAGUGUGCUGUUGCUGCCACUACCAUGGCUGCAAAAAAAAAAGGGCAAGAAAGGACUAGAGCCCAGUACUUGUGGUUUCUGUACCACAGCUGGUUCCUGAAAACUGCUUUGUUUUUUUCAAGUCACAGUAAAACAGCAUGAGAGACAACUGAUUUCUUAACAUGUGAGGAGCGUAGACAAUUAGGAAUUUACUACAAUAUUAUGUUCUAGUAGAAACUGAACUGUUGUCAGCUGAAUCACUUAAUUCCUUUUAGCAAGGAAGUAAAUACAUUACAAGGAAAGUAGGUGUUAAUUUGCAUGUAUUAACAAAGUGCCACAAAAACAAUGAAGUUUUGUCCCUUUACAAAUUGUUUUUUUUAAAAAAGCAUAAUACAGAAAUCUAU